GCAUGUAUCGUCGCAUUGAGCACUUGCGCGAUGUGAACACCGACCUGAAGGCCCUCAUAUCGAUCGGCGGCUGGAAUGAGGGCUCAGACAAGUACUCAAAAAUGGCCAGUAGUCCGGACUCUAGGAAACGGUUCAUCGCAUCGGUGCUCACGUUUUUGAAGGAGAAUAAGUUUGACGGCCUGGACGUGGACUGGGAAUACCCGGGCUUUAAGGCCAGCGGCGAAGAGGACCGGACGCCGGGAAACCCGAAAGACAAGGAAAACUUUGUGACACUAUUGCGCGAACUCCGGGCGGCACUCAAACCGCAUAACUAUCUGUUGACUGCGGCGGUCAGUGCCGGCAAACCCACGAUCGACGUGUCCUACGAUGUGAAAGAGUUGGACCAACUGUUGGACUUUGUGAACGUAAUGGCCUAUGAUUUUCACGGCGGAGCCUGGGAGGAGGUGACAGGCCACAACGCGCCCCUGUAUGCCGACCCUAAGGCCGAUGAGAAACAGAAAAUGCUGACCGUUUCGUACGCCGUCGAGUAUUGGCUGAAACAGGGCUUAAGUCCUAAGAAAUUGAUAAUGGGUAUGGCCACGUAUGGCCGCUCAUUUACCCUGGCUGAUCCCGCCAACCAUGGCAUCGGUGCCAAGUGCGCCCCGGGUAGUAAGGGUGGCGAUAAGGGCCCCUAUACUGAUGAAGUUGGCACGUUGGGCUAUAACGAGAUUUGCGAGUUUUUGAAGGCCGGGUGGACAGCCUAUCGGGACUCGACCCAAAAGAUAGUGUACGCCGUGAAGGGUAACCAAUGGGUGGGUUAUGACGACGAGCAGACAUUUCAGGAUAAGCUCUCGUACCUGAAGGCCAAGGGUUUGGGCGGAGCGAUGGUCUGGUCGAUAGACACCGACGACUUUCACGGCUAUUGCGGUCCACUUAAACACCCGUUGAUUAAGACUAUCAGUCGUGAACUGAACGGUAUUACCGGUACUCCCGAUCCCGUUAUACACGAGGUUCACGUCAAGCCAGCCUCUACUCCCGCACCCGACUACUAAGAC